AUGGAGGAAACAAAACGUGGCAAGCCCAGGCUACAGUGCUACCAGAUACCCCGUAUCUUCCGAAUAUGUCCCAACAAGCCCGCCGUCGAGGUAACGAGGUUUACCGACAUCCAUCCAAGGACUGGCGAGGUAGAACUGGAGCGUCCUCCCGAGUCGAUCCGCGGGAAACAUUGGAACGACGUUGUAAAGUUCACUGCACCUGGCGACUUUGAUGAGUGA